AUGGCGAUGCCACGAGUGUUCCUCGCGCGGCACGGCGAGACCGAAUGGUCCAUCUCGGGCCAGCACACUGGUCGAUCGGACAUCUCCCUCACCCCCCACGGCGAGGAAGUGAUGCGACAACUGGCACCCACCAUCGUCGGUGUGGGCAACGGCAAGCUGAUCGACCCGACCAAGCUCAACCACAUCUUUGUCAGUCCGCGCAAGCGCAGUCAGCGAACGCUCGAGAUCAUGCUCGAGCACGUACCCUCGUCGGCACGCGCGGGGAUCCCACCGGUCGAAAUCGAGCAGGACUGCCGCGAGUGGGACUACGGUGCGUACGAGGGGUUGAAGACGGAUGAGAUCCGGGCGAGACACCCUGGAUGGGACAUUUGGCGCGAUGGUACGCCGGAUCAUCCUGACAAGCCGGAAGAGUUCCCAGGAGAGUCGGCGGAGCACAUGUGCGCCCGCAUCGACGGGGUAAUCGCCAAGAUCCGCUCGCUCCAGUCGACCCACGUCGACAAGCGGAAGCAGGGCCACGACGUCGGCAGCAAAACAUGCGACGUGCUGCUCGUGUGUCAUGGCCACUUCAACCGCGUCUUCAUCGCUCGGUGGCUCGGAUUGCCUCUAACCCAGGGGAGACUGUUCGAGAUGGAUGCAGGCGGAAUGGUCGUUCUCGGCUACGCGCAUCACAACUUCGCCGAGCCGACCAUCGGUGGCAUGUUCUCCUCCAAGACCGGCCCACGCGGUGACGUCGAGGGCAACCCUGGCUCGUGCGGCUCGGUCAAACACGAAGAGUUGCAGUACCUCGAACUCGUUCAACGGGUCAUCUCGAUGGGCGAAAGCCGACCGGACCGAACGGGAACCGGCACCCUCGCCCUGUUCGCCCCGCAACCGAGCCUUCGGUUCGACCUGACCAACGGGACGCUGCCGCUGCUCACCACCAAGCGUGUCUUCUUCCGCGGUGUGCUCGAGGAGCUCCUCUGGUUUGUGGCUGGCAAGACGGAUUCGCAGCUCCUCACCGACAAGGGCGUUCAUAUUUGGGACGGCAAUGGAUCGCGCGAGUUCCUCGACUCGCGUGGUCUCUCCCAUCGUCGCACUGGUGAUCUUGGACCAGUAUACGGCUUUCAAUGGCGUCACUUUGGCGCAACUUAUCAGGACUGCGACACGGACUACACAGGUCAAGGCGUCGACCAGCUCGCAUCGGUCAUCGAUAAGAUCAAGAACAACCCCACGGACCGUCGCAUUUUGCUCAGUGCGUGGAAUCCGGCCGAUCUGACCCUGAUGGCGCUUCCACCGUGUCACAUGUUCGCCCAGUUCUUCGUCUCGAACCUCUCUGGUCCUGGGAAGAAGCAGUUGUCGUGCCAGAUGUACCAGCGAUCGUGCGACCUGGGUCUUGGGGUGCCGUUCAACAUCGCAAGCUACGCACUGCUGACGUACAUGAUUGCCAAGGUGACCGAUUGCGAGCCCAAGGAGCUGGUGUUGGCCAUGGGCGAUGCGCAUGUCUACAAGGACCACGUCGAGCCGUUGAAGGUGCAGUUGGAGCGGGAUCCCCUGCCUUUCCCAACGUUGAGGAUCGAUAGGGAGGUGACGGAUAUCGACGACUUCAAGUUCGAGGAUUUCAAGGUCGAUGGUUACAAGUGCCAUGGAAAGAUCGAUAUGAAGAUGAGCGUCUAG